AUUACAACUUAAUAAUUGUUUAUUUUAAAAUUAUUUUAGAUCAAUGUCUGACAAUGAGCUAUUACGAAAUCCUUCACCACCCCCAUUGACAGAUGAAGAAAAAGCAAAGUUGAAAGCUGAUUACAUAGGAGAAUCAUUAUUCAGCAAAAAGUGGGUGUUAAAUGUUAUAUUUAAAUUGUUUUCACUAAAAGAAGAAGAAAUUUAUGACACCCAGUUAAAACUAAAACAAAAUUUUUUAGAAUCUAAUUCAGAACAAAGGUUAUGCAAUGAAUCAAAUAAUGAUAAUUUAAAAGAACUUCUUGGUACAUUUGAAGAUGAGAUUUGUGAACUUUGGGAUAUUAGUGCAAACAGUGAUGUUUCUACCUUUCUUUAUGAAAAUGAUAGUCAAGCUAUACUUAUGUAUGUUUUAGAUAAAACUCAAUCUCCUCGUCUUUUAGAAAUAUGUUUUGGAAUUCUAGGCAAUAUGGCAUGCGUUGAAAAAGUUGCUUUAGGUAUGAUAUCUGAUGAAACAUUUUGUGAUACAUUACUGGAAUAUCUCAGUCUUACUGAUUCCUUAAGUUUAGUUGAGUUAACACGGUUACUUUGUGUUUUAAUGUCACAUGAAGUCUGCUUAGAAAAAUUAAUUAAAUCAUUUGAGACCUCAAGCUUGGAGCCACAUCCAGUCGAUCAGUUAGUUCGUAUCCUUCAAAAUUCUUUGAAUGUAAACAUAGUGAUGAAUAUUGUAGAAAUAUUAGAUUUAAUAUUCGAUAAUUCUGAUAAGCUCAUGGAGUUACAUUGUAAAGAAAUUUUAAAUUGUUUGCUGGACGUAUACUAUAUUUUAAAUGAAAACAGCAUGCAAGAACCUAUUUCAAACUUGUUACAUAUACUCCAAUCGUUUACAACUACUGUUUCUUGUGUUUGUGAACUUUUAAAACAUGAUUCUUUAGUUGUAUUUUUAUGUUCUAUUUUUGCUCAUUUGCUUUCUGGAAAUAACCCUAGAGUAAAGGACCAAUGUCUGCAAUCCUUUUAUUCAGUUCUUAGCUGUUUGUUAUCUGGCAAUGCUAAAGCAGUUUUAUCAACUAUUAAUGAAAACUAUAAUCUUUUGGUUUUUUUAAUUGAUAUUUUGAACGAAAAGCUAACAGAAUAUGAUACUAACGAAGAAGCAGAACUUAACCAUAUUUAUUUAAUGGUGUAUCUUGAACCUUUUCAUGAUAUUUUUUAUAAUUUAACUAUAUGUGAAGAACAUUUUGGAAAUCUUUUUCAAGUGUUAAAAGAUAAAAAGAUAUUGAUCAAUAACAUUAUUGAUUUAUGCACUGUUAUUGGAAUGCACUCGGAGGAUUUUGCUCACUUCUCUGAAAAUUUAGCAACCUUUAAUGAAAAUCUUAACUUAUAGAAUAUUUUUUAUAAGAAAAAAAAUCUGUCUUUA